AUGCCAGGAAAAAUUUAUGUGCUUUUGCAAUGGGUGGAUAAACCGAAUGCAAUCACGAUUAUGGAGGAAACUGAAGAUGCGAAGAAAGCAAACGAGGAAGAAAUUAUUCAAAUAAAAUAUCCCAACAAAGGAGUCUUUAAAGCAAUUCUCCUUCACAGAAGUGAGUCAAAAAGUUUCUUAGAAAAACUCAGUAAAAAUGUCAAUAAAGACGGGACCAUCACGGCAAAGAAAAAAAAUACUUCAAAAAUCGAAAAAUUUAAAUCUCAGUCAGCGAAGGAGAAAGCCGAAUCAAAACUGAAAAAGAAAAUGAGAGCUCAAACUGCAUCAAAAUUAGAGGAUAAAAUUUCUGAAAUACAUCCAAUUUGUGAAGAUAAACGUAAGAAAACCACUGAUUCGGCUGUUAAGAAUAUUCUCGUAAAUGAUUUCGACGAUAAUCAGAAAGACAAUGGAAUGAACAACGAAAAAAUUGAUGUCGUAACAGUGAACAGAAAUAAUUUAGAUUCAAGUGAUCUCGAACAUGUAAAAACCCAUUCGACAUUGGACAAGGAAUCAGAAAAACCCUCAAAGUUUAACAACAAAAAUAAAAAAUCAUCACGAAUUGAAGAUAAACGCAAGAAAACCACUGAUUCGACUAGUAAAGAUAUUUCUGUAACUGAUUCCGAUGAUAAUCACGAAGACAAUGGAAUAAGCCACAAAAAAAUUGAUAUCGUAACAAUGAACGAAGAUAAUUUGGAUGCAAGUGAACCUGAAAAUGUAGAAACCCAUUUGACAUUAGAAAAUGAAUCGGAAAAAUCCUCAAAGUUCAAUAAAACUAAAAAAUCAUCACGAAUUGGCGAUCUUGGAAUUGCCUUCAACAUCAAAAUUGCCUUCAAAAACACCCUCAACUUUGGAAUUGCCUUCAACAUCAAAGUUGCCUAUUCGAAAUCACCCUCAACUUUAGAAUUGACUUCAACUUCUAAAUCCUCUUUAAUUAACGAAUUGUCUUUAACUUCCGGUUUAUCGUUAUCUGACGAAUUCCCUUCAACUUCCGUUACACCAGAAUUUGUCAAUGGUCUAGAGAUCUUAUUAAAAUUUGCUAAAACAGUUGUAGACAAAAAUGUUGAAGUAAAUUCUCCUGAAAUGGAUGAGAAAGAAGUCGUAGAGGACAAUAAAGUCGAUCACAGUGAUGAGGGUAAUGAGGAAGAAGAUAGUCAGGAUGAAAAUAGUGAGAGAGAGGAUAGUCAGGAAUAUAAUAGUGAUAGAGAGGAUAGUCAGGAACAGGAUAGUGAGGAGGAAAAUGAGAAUGAUCAUGAAGAGCCACUGGCCAAAAAAAGAAAACUGUAG